CACAAAUAAUCUUCUAUCCUCCGACUCCCAUUUUCUCCAACUUUCCACGAACUCGCAAAGCGAUUGUGCUUUCACAAAAACCCGCGCAUAUAAGCAAAUGGGGUGAAAGGCGAAAUCACGCACAAAAAUUCGAUUAACCCUCUUCGUCUCUUAACCCCAGGGUAUCAAACGGGAGGGAAAAAAAGAAGGCCCAAAAUCAUCGCGAAACAUUUUUCUGCUGAUGAAGAAGAAAAUUCCCUGCCUCCCUUCUCUUUAACCCACAUUGCAAGAGCUUCAUGAUAAUAAUUCGCAGAAAAGUGAAGCGAGGGAAAACCCCCCAGUGAAAAAAAAAGAACAAGGAAGAAACCGAAAGCAGCAAGAGGAGAGAAAUAUUCUACACGGAAAAACUGGGAACGAAAUGUCGAUGUCUAAAAUAUCUCGGAGCCUUCGAGCAGCGGAGACUAUCACCAGUGAGGUGUUCGAUGCAGUGGAUCCGACGAAACCCAGGGAAAUGGGACUCGGGGAAAUCAUGUUGACAGGAUCCACGUGCACUGCAAUCGCGAUUCUUUGGUACCGAAGAAGUACUGGCUCCGUACCUAGGGCGAGUCGCUGGGACGGCGACACUUUAAGUACGCCACGGACACCCUACGAAGAUGAGGUGCGGUUCAGGCUACUGGACAUUCUCAAUUACGUGUUUGGUGGGUUCGUCAUCACUGGAAUGUCAGCAUGGACUGUGUUCCACCUGGUGCCCGGCAUCAAGCAACAUCUGCUCUGGGAGCCCGAAGGAACCGGUGUAAGUGGUCUGGUGGUCGCAGUGGCCGGGGCCCUGUCAAUGUUUGGCGUGACCUGGUCCAUGCCUUACGAGCCGACGCCGACGCAGCGGCGCAAAAAGCGGCACGAGGACAUGAAUAAGCAGUCACAACAACCGCAUCGCCGACACGAGCAUCGUCUCGGCGCCGUCGGGUACCUUCGUGGCGCCGCAGCGGCGUCACCUUGGGCCCUGGCCGACGACGACGCCACCGUGGCUAAUGUUAUCGCGCGACGUCGCGCGUUGCGCUGGAAACAGCUCGCUUGGGCAUCCGCUUGCGGUCUGUUGGGCGUCGGACUGGCGCCGUUUUGCCGCGUCAGCUUCGCCGACUUUUUCCGCGCUUCUGGUUGCACCGCCGGAGUCGUGGGUUCGUUGUCGCUCGCGGCCAUGGACUCGCUCACCUACGUGAUUUCCCCUCCAUUCCUGAGUGUCUGUGGGUUCCUAGUCAUGGGUGCGUCUGUCGGAAUGAUGGCACUUCCAACAACGGAGAACACGCUGGACGCGAUGGUGCACAAGGGCUGCGAAUUUGCAGCGGCGGUGUUCCUUUGCUCGUCCUUCCUCCACAAUUUGCAGACGCUCAACAUGGAAGCUUCAUUCUCGGAUAAGUUCGAUCCUAUCAAUGGGAAUAUGGUGACUCAGUACGUGUGUUUCAACAAGGUCGACACGCGUAAGCGGAUUUCCUUGUUGCCGUCUGCACUGAAAAGAACGCAGGCAGACAUCGGUGGGAAAUCCUCUUGGCGAUUCGGGUGA